AUGGGCGGCCCCUGCUUUGCUUUCUAUGUGUCGUUGCUGCUGAUGUUGGGGACACACGCCUCGGCUCAGAUACGGUACUCUAUCCCAGAGGAGCUGAAAGAGGGGACUGUUGUUGGAAAUGUUGCGAAGGAUCUGGGUCUUGACAUCACCUCUUUGACUGAUCGACGGUUCCGUGUUGUGUCUGAGAGUAAGGAUGCGAUAUUUCAAGUCAACCAGAAUAAUGGGGCUUUGUACGUCAACGGGCAUAUUGACAGAGAGGAGCUGUGUCAGGGCAGUGGGGCAUGUCUCAUGGAGCUAAAAAUCCUCGUUGAAAAUCCUUUAGAAAUCCACUAUGUUAUCGUAGAAAUUACUGAUGCUAAUGACCAUGCUCCAGGGUUUCCUGAAAAAGAACAGACUAUCCAAAUAGCUGAACAAACAUUACCAGGGAAGAGAUUUCAGUUACACACUGCUCGUGAUCCUGAUGCUGGAAUAAACUCUAUUCGUACAUACACUUUGACAUCAAACGAACAUUUCGAAGUAAAUGUUCGUCAAGGUGAAGCGGGAAAGAUACCAUUUUUAGUGUUGAAGAAAUCUUUAGACAGAGAACAAAAGGACAAACACACUCUGCUGCUAACAGCAGUGGAUGGAGGUAAACCUCAAAGAUCAGGAACACUUAAUGUUACUAUAAAUGUUCUGGACAGUAAUGACAAUCGCCCGAUUUUCAGUCAGGAGAUUUUCCAAAUAGAAAUACAGGAAAAUGUAAAGAUCGGAACUUCAAUAUUUCGACUGAAUGCAACAGACCCCGAUGAAGGUUCAAAUGGGGAGGUGGAAUACAGCCUCGGAAAAACUUUAAUGCCCAAAGUCUUUGAUAUUUUUGAACUUGACAAGUUAACAGGGGAGAUUAGAGUUAGUGGGGGCAUGGAUUACGAAGAAAAGGACUUAUAUGAGCUUGAAAUUGAGGCAUCUGAUAAAGGAACACCUCCAUUGACCGGUGAGUGUAGAGUUAUUAUUAAAAUCAAAGAUGUCAAUGAUAAUCCACCAGAAAUUGUUGUGACUUCACUUUCAAACACAGUGUCUGAAGAUUCAAAACCUGGAACAAUUGUUUCUCUACUAAGUGUGAAGGACAAAGACUCUGGUGUCAAUGGAAAAAUUAUUUUGUACACAUCAAAUGAUGUACCAUUCGAGUUAAAACCUUCUUAUAAGGAGAAUGUAUAUUCAGUUGUCACUAAAGAAUCUUUGGACCGCGAGCAGGUGUCACAUUAUGACAUCACAAUAAAAGCCACUGACUGUGGUGACCCUCCAUUAUCCACAUUUAAAACUCUCAGCAUUCAGAUAUCAGAUGUCAAUGACAACAGUCCACAUUUUCAACAAAACCCAUUACACUUUUAUCUGGUAGAAAAUAAUCUUGCUGGAGCCUCAAUAUUCUCUGUCAGCGCCACAGACAAUGAUAUCAAUGACAAUGCAGCCAUUUCAUAUCAUAUUGUGAGAGAUGGAAGUCAGAAUGACAUAACAUCUUUCAUCAAUGUGAACUCUGAAAAUGGACACAUCACUGCGCUGAAAAGUUUCGACUUUGAAACAGUGAAAACGUUCACGUUCACUGUUGUGGCCACAGAUUCUGGAACUCCGUCACUCAGCAACAACGUCACAGUCAACGUCUUCAUUCUGGAUCAGAACGACAACGCUCCAGUCAUCCUCUAUCCACUCAGCUCCAACGGCUCUGCUGAAGGUGUGGAGGAGAUUCCACGCAAUGUCAACGCAGGACACUUGGUCACCAAAGUCAGAGCCUAUGACGCUGAUAUAGGAUAUAACGGCUGGUUGCUCUUCUCACUGCAACAAGUCACUGAGCACAGUCUCUUUGCUCUGGACCGAUACACAGGACAGAUCAGAACACUUCGCUCAUUCACAGAGACAGACGAGGCUGAGCAUAAACUCAUCAUACUGGUCAAAGACAAUGGCAACGUUUCCCUCUCUGCUACAGCUACUGUCAUUGUCAAAGUGGUGGAGCCCAAAGAGGCUUUCGCUGCGUCUGACGUCAAAAGUGCAACAAACGAUGAUGAGGACAAUAAUGUGACUUUUUAUCUCAUGAUCACUCUGGCCUCAGUGUCUGCGCUCUUCAUCAUCAGCAUCAUCGUGCUGAUUGCAAUGCAGUGCUCCAAAUCCACUGACUAUACUUCCAAAUAUCUCCAAGAGACCAAUUAUGACGGGACACUGUGUCACAGCAUCCAGUACAGAUCUGGAGACAAACGCUACAUGUUGGUGGGACCCAGAAUGAGUAUAGGAUCUACUAUAGUCCCGGGCAGCCAUGCCAACACACUAGUGCUCCCUGACAGGAGGAGGGGCUCCACUGAGGUAAGACUGGCUUUGAAGUUUUACGUCAGCUUGGAAUCCACUGAUUUUUUAAACUGA